AUGCCGAAGAAGGAGACGUGCAUAAGACGCGCUAACUCGUGUCGGACACAUUUUCACAAACCUAUCUCUGGCGAGCUUCGGAAGUUGCGGGACAUCGUUUUCUACGGGGUGGCGACCUCUUUGGCGGUGUCCUCGCCGGCUCAGCCGGAGACCCACUCGCUGCGGCUCCUGAUAUUCCAGUGGCUUCUCUACUGCCUCGUCAUCUCGGCGGCCUACCAAAGCUCCCUGGGUAGCUUCAUGACCGUGCCGUGGAGCACGGACCAGAUCCGGGAGCUCCAGCAGAUCCUCGACGGUCGCUUCAACAUCACCGGACAACCCCAGGCCGGCAGGAUCCUCAAACGCUCCGCCACCGAGAACCCCGUCCUUCAGAGACUCUCCCAGAAAUUCGUGAUCCACGCGGGGUUCUACGAUGACGUCAUCGACAUGAUCGAGGCGGGGACGACGGCUUCAUUCGGGGCCAAGCGCUUCAUCCAGUUCUACUCGAUCAACCGACUCAGGAAACGCAACGCCAUCCUCCAUAUCAUCCCCGAAUGCGUCCUCCAAGCCCACUCCAGUCCCUUCAUGUUCAGGAAGGGAUCCGUCCUUGAACUUCCCAUUAACCGAAUCAUUUCCGGUUUGGUCGAGAGUGGAAUUACGGAUUACUGGUUCGAGUACUCGAUUCCAAAGUCGGGCUUGAAGUUGGAGAACGUGCGAGCGUUGCAAAUAAACCAGAUCAAAGGGUUGCUCAUCAUUUUGUUUUGCGGUCAUACCAUGGCGGCGGUAGUGCUACUACUGGAGAAAGCCCAUCGCUACUGGAACGUCCGCUCCGGAAAAAAGAAAAGAGUUGCGUUUGUGGAUUCGAUGGACAAAAAUGAUCGGAAGAAGGGAGAGCCUCACCGCAUGAUGCAUGCAUGGAACUAAGUAGGGAACUUUGGCGUA